UUAUUGUUAAUGGCAAUUCAGUUAUUUUCAGGUUUUUACUAGUGUGGAAAAUGCAUCCAUGAAUAUUCAUGUACAUGCUUCCUAAUGUAUGCGUAUAGGAAUUUUCUCUUCAUAUAUACCUAGGAGUGGAAUCAUUGGGUCAUAGGGUAUAUGAAAAUUUGUUUAAUAUUACGAGAUAAGAGCAGACCAUUUUCCAAAAUGGUUGUACCAGUUUACACUCCCACCAGUAAUAUAUAAGUCCUGUUGUUCUAUAACACACGGUGUUGUCAGACUUCUUAAUUUUUUCCAACCAAAUAAGUAUAAUAGUUUUUCAUUGUAGACUUGAUUUGUGAUCCCCUGAUUACCCAUGAGCUUGAAAAAAUGUGUCUGAGUGUGUGUGUGAGUCCUCUUCUGAGAAUGUCUUUUGCCCAUUUUUCUAUUUGUCCUUUUCUUACCGAUUUGUAAUAGUUCUUUAUAUUCCUGAGUCUAAUCAUGUUUGGAAAUUGAAAUUCUAAAAUUUAAUAUAGGCUAAUUUAGCAAUCUUUUAUUUAAUAGUUAGUGCUUUUUGGGUCUUGUUUAAGAAAGUGUGCCGUACUCUAAGGUCAGAAAGCUAUUCACCUACAGUUUCUACUAAAUGUUUCCAAGUUUUGUUUUCCACGUUUAAGGCCUUGAUCCAUGGGCAGCUGAUUUUGUGUAUAGUGUAAGGUUCUUUGUUUCUUCUUGAGUCAGUUGUGGAUCGGAACAUCGAUUAACGUCUGACCACUGCUAGCCCAUCCCCUCCCACCCACGUCGAUCAUACCUCUGGGCUCCAGAGAGAAAGCAGGUCUUGCAGUGUACCAUGAUUUCACCCUUCUUAGUGCUGGCCAUCGGCACCUGCCUUACCAACUCCUUAGUGCCAGAGAAAGAGAAAGACCCCAAAUACUGGAGAGACCAAGCUCAGCAGACCCUGGAAAAUGCCCUGAGGCUUCAGAAUCUCAACACCAACGUGGCUAAGAAUAUCAUCAUGUUCCUGGGAGAUGGGAUGGGCGUCUCCACCGUGACGGCUGCCCGCAUCCUCAAGGGCCAGCUCCACCACAACCCCGGGGAGGAGACCAGCCUGGAGAUGGACAAGUUCCCCUUCGUGGCCCUCUCCAAGACAUACAACACCAAUGCUCAGGUCCCUGAUAGCGCAGGCACCGCCACCGCCUACUUGUGUGGGGUGAAGGCCAACGAGGGCACCGUGGGGGUGAGCGCAGCGACCCAGCGCACCCAGUGCAAUACAACUCAGGGCAACGAGGUCACCUCCAUCCUGCACUGGGCCAAGGAGGCUGGGAAAUCCGUGGGCGUUGUGACCACCACGCGGGUGAACCACGCCACCCCCAGUGCCGCCUAUGCCCACUCCGCCGACCGCGACUGGUACUCAGACAACGAGAUGCCCCAGGAGGCCCUGAGCCAGGGCUGCAAGGACAUUGCCUACCAGCUCAUGCACAACAUCAAGGACAUCGAGGUGAUCAUGGGGGGUGGCCGGAAGUACAUGUUCCCCAAGAAUAGAACCGACGUGGAGCAUGAGACGGACGAGAAGGCCAGGGGCACAAGGCUGGACGGCCUGAACCUCAUCGACAUCUGGAAAAGCUUCAAACCCAGACACAAGCACUCCCACUACGUCUGGAACCGCACCGAACUCCUGAACCUUGACCCCGCCACCGUGGACUACCUCUUGGGUCUCUUUGAGCCGGGGGACAUGCAGUACGAGUUGAACAGGGACAACGUGACUGACCCGUCACUCUCCGAGAUGGUGGAGAUGGCCAUCAAGAUCCUGAACAAGAACCCCAAAGGCUUCUUCUUGCUGGUGGAAGGAGGCAGGAUUGACCACGGGCACCAUGAGGGCAAGGCCAAGCAGGCACUGCACGAGGUGGUGGAGAUGGACCGGGCAAUCGGGCAGGCAGGCAGCAUGACCUCCCUGCAAGACACGCUGACCGUCGUCACUGCUGACCACUCCCACGUCUUCACCUUUGGCGGGUACACCCCCCGUGGCAACUCUAUCUUUGGUCUGGCCCCCAUGGUGAGCGACACGGACAAGAAGCCCUUCACUGCCAUCCUGUAUGGCAAUGGUCCUGGCUACAAGGUGGUGGGUGGUGAGCGAGAGAAUGUCUCCAUGGUGGACUAUGCUCACAACAACUACCAGGCGCAGUCCGCCGUGCCCCUGCGCCACGAGACCCACGGUGGGGAGGAUGUAGCCGUCUUCGCCAAGGGCCCCAUGGCACACCUGCUGCACGGUGUCCACGAGCAGAACUACAUCCCUCACGUGAUGGCUUACGCAGCCUGCAUCGGUGCCAACCGCAACCACUGUGCCUCUGCCAGCCUGGCGGGCAGGCCCUCCCCAGGCCCCCUGCUCCUCCUGCUGGCCCUGCUCCCCCUGGGCAUCCUGUUCUGAGGGCCCAGGGCCCGGGCUCCCACCAGCCCGUGACAGAUGGCCAGCCUCCCUCUCCCAGCGCUGCCCACCGCCCAGCAGCCCACACCUCAAGGGGCGGGGAUGCAGAGGCCUCCACAGCUGCUGCAGCUGCCAGAAAGGGGACCCAGGAAACCAAAGUCUGCUGCCCACCUUGCUCCCCUCUGGAACCCCCCACUGGGGCCACACUAGUUCUUGGCCUCGGCCCCUCCCCGCUGCUCCUUUGGCUAACAGGGUAGGUUUCUUUUGGGCAGGCAGAGAGCACAGACUGCACAAACUCGCAAAGCAUCUUAUUUUUCUAGCAAACGUAUUUCUCCAGACCUGGAGGCCCUGGAGCUUCCACGGAACAUUCCGGAUCCGACCCUCCCAUUCCCCUCUCCUUCCCUCUGGAUCCUCCUAGCCCCACCAUGCUCGUGUCCCUACCUGCAGGGGAGACCAGGGUCUUUUCCUCAGGAUGAAGUUUGCUCCCUCGCUCAUUCCAAGGCUGCCCGGGGCUCCCGGGAUGUCAGCUCCUGGGACUAGCCAUCCAACCCCGGGGGGGCCCGGGCUGGCCCAGCUUUGAACACACAUUCCAGCUCCUCUCUGAGGCAACUCUCCUAUUUGGAACAGCAAAAAAAAUUUUUCUCUUUUUGGUGUUAGUUAAAAGGGAACACAAAACAUUUAAAUAAAACUUUCCAAAUAUUUCUGAGGACCAA